AUGUUCACCUCCUACUACUUCGUGAACUUCUUCCUGUGGUACGCCCUCAUCACCACAUCCUUCUACUUGCUCUCCUAUGUGGUCCCGAAGGCGUCCUUCGCCGCCCGAGUCCUGGCCUCGUACAUGGCCCUCAUGCUCUGCGCCGCCUGGGGCAUCGUCUCCUCCGCCGCCCUCACCCUCGCCGGCAAGCAGGGAAUAGCCCAAUGGGUCACCGCGCGGGCCUUCCACUACACCAUGCUCCUCGUCACCGGCAUCACCUUCGACAUCGAGGACCCCAAAGACGUCCUCAACACCACCCGCCCCGCCGUCUUCAUCGGCAACCACCAGACCGAGCUCGACGUCCUCAUGCUCGCCUCCAUGUGGCCCAAGUGGUGCAGCGUCACGGCCAAGUCGAGCCUCAAGAGGACCCCCGUCCUGGGCUGGUUCAUGAGCCUCAGCGGCACCAUCUUCAUCGACCGCAAGAACUCAAAGGACGCCCGCGACGCCAUGCAGGGCGCCGCCAACGAGAUCACCUCGAGGCGGCAGAGCGUCUACAUGUUCCCCGAGGGCACGCGCAGCUACACAAAGGAGCCCGCGCUGCUCCCCUUCAAGAAGGGCGCCUUCCACCUCGCCGUCCAGGCCGGUGUCCCCAUCGUCCCGGUCGUCGUGGCCAACUACAGCCACGUUCUCUACAUUAAGAGCUUCGUCUUCAACGCUGGCAGAAUCCCCAUCAAAGUUCUGGACCCUAUCCCCACCAAGGGCCUGAAGGCCAGUGACGUCGAAGAACUCACCCGAACCACGAGGGAGCUCAUGCUCAAGGAACUGAUCGAGCUCACCGCCAAGGCCCAGCGCCGUCCGGUCGUCAUGCUUGCCGAUACCGGAGCUUCCUCCAACGCUACGUCCACCGGCAUCGACACCGGCUCCAAGUAG